ACUCGGUGUUAGGAAAAGUUAAGGGAUAGAAGAGAAGCCUGAAAGUAUCGAAAGUAACCCGGGGGAAGACCUAUAGAUAAAAAGAAUACUCGAAUUCCAUCGCUUAUCUACCCUACUCGGUGAAGUUUUCUGCCUGCUUCGAACGAUUGCGCAACGCGCCAAUAAUCUUCUUCGGCUAGAGUAACGUGUGGAGGGUGCAUCCGAAAUUCCAGAGCCACGCGUCUUCUGGAAGAAGCGUCACCGCAGUUCUUGAGCAACGCUUGUGCCUCCUUCGAAAGAAAAAAAGAGGCGUCAGCGUUAAAGAAGCAUAGACGGUUAUCUACGCUCAUUCCCCUCUACCCAAAACUGAUUAGAGGAGAAAAGCGAGGGUAGAGUUCAGCUCGUGUCUUUAUCGUAGAGAGAAAAAAAAGGAGGGGUUUUGUCUUUCUUCGGUUCCUGCGAGCCAAUCGUCCGACCCUGCUGCCAGUCUUGCUUCUGUGCCGCCGGCGUCGACAAGGCCAGUGUGAUCGGAAUAUCUCUACGCUCUCCGGAAAGCCAGAGAAGCAAGGCACCUUGCGAACCGAUCUUCUCCCCGGGCUGCGUUUUCUGUUUGCCGACGGGAUUCCAUCGACGUCAAGCCCGUUCCUCAAAGGCCGGACUCGACGACGGAGGAGACCCGACUACGACCGAGAGGGAGGACUUCUUCCCCUUCGUCGUGACUUGGUCGACGCGCCACUGACUUCGACAACCGGUGGCGCCACUGCCGCUCGGUCACGUGACCCGCAACUCGUGAAGUGGCAGCCGGUCUCACCCGAGAUCCACCUCUGACACUGUGGACUGUGCGUGGGCUGUCCAGUGUCGCCCCUUCCAAAAUGUACCACUUGCUCGGCGAAAUCCGGGAUUUUUACAACAAAACCUUGGAGAGCGGAGACUCAAGGGUGCAGGAAUGGCUCUUCAUGCAGAGCCCAUGGCCGACACUGACGAUCUGCCUGUCGUACGCCUACUUUGUCAAGGUGCUGGGCCCAUCCCUGAUGAAGAACCGGGAGCCUAUGCAGUUGCGCUGGGUCAUGGUGGGCUACAACUUCUUCAUGGUUGCCGUCAGCCUGGCCAUAUUUCUUCUGCUUGGCAUCUACGGCUGGUUUGGGCACUACAACUGGAAGUGCCAGCCUGUGGACUACACAGACAGUAGGGAAGCAAUAUUGAUGACCCAUCUCUCCUGGUGGUACUACAUUUCAAAAUUUGUCGAGUUCAUCGACACAAUAUUCUUCGUGCUACGAAAGAAGUUCACCCACAUCUCAACACUGCAUGUCAUACACCAUGGAAUGAUGCCCAUGAGCGUGUGGUGGGGUGUCAAAUUCACACCAGGUGGCCACAGCACUUUCUUUGCCUUUGUAAACAGCUUCGUGCACAUCCUGAUGUACUUCUACUACGGACUGGCAGCAGUGGGUCCCCACAUGUCCAAGUACCUUUGGUGGAAGCAGCAUAUGACAACCAUUCAGAUGGUGCAGUUCAUUGCCAUCUUCGUGCACUCAUUCCAACUCCUGUUCCGGCCCGACUGCAACUACCCCCGUGGCUUCAUGUGGUGGAUCGGCUUCCACGCCAUCAUGUUCUGGUUCCUCUUCUGGGACUUCUACAAGAACACCUACUUCGCCAAGAGGCUCAAGAGUGCUGCCACCGGCCGCGGUCUCCGAAGUGUCGCCAACGGCCGCGCCAACGGCGCCACGCCCGUCGACGCCAAUGGCAAGGUCAACGGGAAGCUCAACGGAGAGGCUACCGCCAAAAACGGAACCAACGGCUUCGUCAAGCACACGGCCAACGGCCGGCAAAAGAAUGGCAGCUUCCUGGACGGCUACUGCCACAUCAACGGCCUGCACGACUGGGAGAACAGCGACAAUGACAAGAAGCACGAGUGAUACGUGCGCGAAACCUGCCGCGCACACACAGCUAUUGCCCCCUUCCUCCCCAUUGCCCACCCUCUCUCACCUUAUUGGCUGCAUUCCCCUCCCCCCCAUCUCUUCACCCUCACAUCCACACAUCCUGCUGCUGCUGCUGUUUACUGCCGUGUCAGAAAAAAAAAAAUCAAAAGAGCACCCAAGAAGAGUUGGAUGAGGAGGCGUCGAGGCAUUUUUUUUUUUUCAAAGGACAGUGGCCGCUUUAGGGACACAAUGGCGCCAGGAAAACCCCGCAUGCAGCGAUGUUGUGUACCUCUUGUGGCAACAAUAGGUGGCUGUCGCACGCACUCUACCACUACUAUCGCUGUUAUUACUUGUUUUUAGCAAGUUUAUUGUUUGUGAGAAUACCAAGUCUCUUAUCACUCAGUAGACUGUGCGCUGCUUUUUCUUUUUUUCUUCGUUGUACUGGGUAAAUUACUCUUAACGAGCUUGCAACUUAAGCACUGCUCCUCCGUGUUUCCUCGUGCCCCAUCCCAGCCACAACAUUCAGAGCCAUUCCAAGAUGUGUGCCACACCUUUAUCGACACCUUAGGUUUGUGUUUUUACAUCACAACCUAGGAGUCUUAUUCCCCCAUCCCCUUCGACGUACUGCACUUAACACCCUAGAUAUUUUGUUACAUUACCUACUAGGUUUUUUUUUUCUUGCACUUGACAGGGACUCUAGCAGGCCACUACGUAAGCAAACGAAGGCAGGUGACCCACACAUCAACUGUCUUAGAACUGUUCAGCAUCGUCUUCAACAUAGCUUGUAGCUUGCUCGCCUUCGGGUUAACUGUGGUAGGGCAUCUGGAGCCUGUCUUUGGUGUAGUAUUCUGGCCUAUCCACGCGACUUAAAACAAAAAAAAAAGCUUCCCCUAGGCUAGUGUGUAGAACUGUGGCAGUCCCCAGCACUCAGGAAGAGAAACAAAAAAAAGAGCAGAAGCGAAGCCAGCCUCCCGCCCCCGUCCGUCCCUACGCCCGCCGAGACGCACCUUUGAGGAAGCAAGAGAGCCACACGUUUCCGGCUGUACGCAUGCAACUCAAACAAAAGUUAACAAGGCCUUUGAGAACAACAUCAUCGUGUCAUCUCUGCAACGAGACCCCGCCCGCUCCCUUCCACAAGGUCUCAGUCUUUUCGUCCACGCCUUCGUUGUGUUUUCUUAGUGGGUGAUGCAACAUGCAUGGUGAAAAUUUUUUUUUUUGCGUCUGGUUGCGUACAACUCCUUGUCGGUGCGCUCGCUCGCACGAUGGCCGAGGAGCAAGUGUCCUUCCUGUUACUUUGUCAGUCUCUUCGACGUCGUCUCUGUGCGUGCGGACGGCAGGAAAAACGUUUUGUGCUGUGCACAGACUUCUCUCGCGCUCUUCGACAAGAAGAGGGACUUGACGCGAGUUGAUAGACAAGACGACCGAGUGGGAGAGGGGGAUGCAGGUGAAAGAACGGCAAGGGGGUGCCCUCGAGACGUGCCACGCUGCCGGUGCUCCUCUCCCCGGCCUCCGCAUCACUUUUCGUGCCGCGGUGUUGUGAGUGUGCAUCUGCGCGGCACGCAGUUUUCGGCGUGUGUGUGUGUUCUUCGUGUUUGGUUUCUCGCCAAAUGGUUUGCGUUUUCUUUUUUCUCGAUGCCGUCGCGUGUACUGCGGAGCCGUUCGCGUCCUCAACUCGUCGCCAGAAGGACCAAAAGGCGCGACGCUUCGCAGUCGGGAGUCAUCGGAGAACAGCCCCCUUUCGCGUGGGACUUUAGCACUCUCUCCGCGCACAUCUCCCGCAGUCUUGCUCUCUGCCAAGAAAUGACAGACACGCACGUGGUGUCUUGUGUCUGUGUGUACUUAAUGAGAUGGAGAGAAAGCAUGAUGGGACACUGUGGCCAGGCUAUGGAGACCCCUACUAGAGCGAUGUCUAGUGAAAGGGGUGAAGCCUGUGUGCCUCCAAAUUGUGCCCAUUUCGGAUCUUUUUUUUUUUCUGUUUCCUGCACACAACUGCUUUCAUUGAAUUGGUUCUUUCCUGCUUCCCACCCCCUUCCCCCUACUUGUCUCUUGAUUUGUUCGUUCUACCAGUUUGAUUGUGUGUAGCUUCUAGCACUAAUUUUUUUUAUACGUGCGUAAACGUCACGUGUAACACAUUGGCCAGCGCACUGAUGCCAUGGCUGGCGCUAACAUUGGAAGGGGAUUGGUGCAACUGCGUAAGUGGUGUGCGUGUGUGUAUGUGAAAGACGCAGAUGCUGAAAGAAGAAAAAAAACACAAGAAAAUAAAGGGGGGAAAACGAAAAAGACCUUGCCUAGCUAUACAUACACACAAAACACCCGUAAAUGGAAAUGGGAGAGAGCGUAGCAGUCUUGUCUAUAUUAUAGAUUCAUCAGUUGUUUUUUUUUUAACUUUAGCAAAUGAAUAGUUUUGUACACAGUGUAAAAAAAAAUGGAAGAAGCCAAGGCUUGGAGUUACUAUGCAUCACGGUGCAUUCCUGUAUGCAUUCGAAUGAGCGAAACUGCUGCAAUCAAAACUUGGCUGCAACUGUUUUGUCGCUUUAUCAUUUUGGAGAGAAAGCAUCUGUUGCCAGAUGGGACAUCGGAUAAUGUUCUAAGGGUCGGGGUGGGUGGGGGGACAUAACAAGUAUGCUUGGCCAAAAACAUUUUCUCCGCAGUGCUUGUCAAGCCUUGGGCCUUCUACAACGUUCAUACCUCGUUGGUUUUUGGUUGUAGGCUUGCCGACACUCUGCCAUGCAAGGAAAACAGAGGGUCGCUUUUUUUUUUUUUUUAAAGCAGCGUGGUUGUUCGCGGCUCUUAGGUGGCUGCAGUUAGAUCGCGGCCGUUAGUGUACUUUACAGAGAGAUUUUUCGAACCGCUUGCCUACAUAGACUUGUUUAGGUGAUGCAGUAGUGCAUGGAAUAAGGAACUGGGGCCCCUGCUUCGGCAAGCCCCGGGUAUGCAAGGCCGUUACAAAAGCAGAAUGUUGCAAUAGCGAAGCAAGGGGGAAGCCUGACUUGGCCAACCCACCCCCAACCCCCCACUCCACCCCCCAUUUUUUUUCUUGAGGGAGAUUAAACUGUUUUUUGAUAA